AUGAAAACUAAGCCGGGAUACCUAUCUACAGCGUCAUUUAAGAAAGAGCAUAAGAGAAUAUCGACUCUGGUACCAUACAUGGUCUUAUCAAUCAUUGCAUUAGUGGUUUCAACAGUGAUCGUUAGCGAUCUACAUUGGGAAGAACAUGUUUCAAUCAACAGGGGAUUUGUAAUAUUUUUUAGCGGCCUAGUAUUUUUUCCAUCCUUGUAUCUUGCUCUAGUUAAUACUUUUCUAUACACCAACUCAGGAAGAAGGAUUAUCAAGACUUAUAAAUUAAACUAUAGUGAUGUCUAUGACAUUAGUAACAAGCAUGUUUCAGCCGUACAAGCGUUAUUUUGUUGCAUUACGGGCAUUACAGCCGUUUGUUACAGUUGUAACCGUAAUGUACUUAGAACAUCUCACUACAUUUCAGAGGCUUACGCUUGGUUCGGCGCCGCAUAUUUUUUCUAUGACAUUUGGUCCAUGUACAAGGUCUAUAGUGCGAAACUUAGUAGUGAUCAUAUGAACGGAGAUUUGAAAGAAAAGAAAAAGAUGUUUCUAAACGUUUCCAAGUGGAUUAGGUAUUUAAAGAAUAAUUUUGUUAUUGUUGGGCAUCACAUAUUUAUAGGCUGUUUUGGAUUUUUAGUUAUAACGUAUUUAAGGGGUGGUUUGGGAGAUUGCUUUUUUGGAUUUGUGUACUUGAUGGAAGCAAGCACUCCAUUCGUGUCCCUUAGAGGAGUUCUAUCAAAAAUAGGAUUGAAGAAUUCCCUAAUUUACGUUGUAAAUGGACUGGUGAUGCUAGCUGUGUUUUUCAUAUGUAGAAUAGCCAUGUUUCCCUAUGUAAUUCAUAUGUAUGCAAAGUCCAUUAGAGCAGAUUUUAUGUCGGCGGUCUAUACAUUACCGAGAGGAUGUAUAAUAAGCAUAUUGGUGUUAUUACUGCCCCAAUUAUACUGGUUUUACUUGAUGGUAACUGGAGCCACCAAAGUUCUGAGACGCCCAGUUGUCAACAAUAAUAACACGAAAAAUUUGAAGAGUAAAUAG